AUGACAAACAAACGCAUACUGUAUGUUAUUAUUUGUUUAAAUUCAUUGAUAACAAUAUGCGGGAAUACACAGCACCGUCCAUGCAGCUUUCUUCCAAGAUGUAGAUGCCGCUUAGAACACCACACAAAUUUUGUUGAAGUCGACUGCUCACAUGUACAGUUGAAAAGGAGUCCAUCCGUUCCAAGUUAUGUUAUAAAGUUGAUCAUGAAACAUAACCUCAUUGAUGAAAUACCAAAUGGUAUCUUUUCUAACAAUACAAUCCUUACAGAAUUAGACUUGUCUGAUAACAGGAUUCAUACACUAACAGAAAUGUCGUUCAAAGGUCUUCAAAAUUUACUUAAUUUAAGCUUGCAAAACAAUGAUCUGUCAAAAGGAAAUAUUUCGUUCGGUGCUAAAACGUUUACACAUUUGAAAAAAUUGAAGUAUUUAAAUUUAAAAAAUAAUUUCGUCAAACACUACCAACCAGAUAUUUCACAACUUGUAUCACUUGAAAGUCUACAUAUUGACUUCAUAUCCAAUGGAAUUUUUUUUCUGAGCAAACAAUAUAGUAAACUGAAGAAUCUUGCAAUUCUCGAUCUUUCUGGGUCAUCUGGAAAAUGUUCACUACCAAUUUUGAAUAAUGAAUCCUUUCAGUUUAUCCCUCAGGUCAAACAUUUAGAUAUAUCAACAUGCAAGAUUCAACAAAUUCAUAAAGGGACAUUAACUGCUUUGAAAAUUAUGACGUUUUUGGACGUUUCGAAUAAUACGUGCAUUAAAUUCGAAGGAUUUGAAAACAUUACAAGUGAUUUAAAAUUCUCAAACAUAAACAUUCUUAAGGUUAGCUAUCUUCACAAAAUGGCAGAUCUGACUACAGUCUUAAAAACGUCUCAUAUCAAGGGUUUACAUAACACCUCCCUUCAAAAUGUGUAUUUCGACGGUAAUCGUAUACAAACUAUAGAGAAAAACGCAUUGACUUAUCUUCCAAAAUCACUUAAGUUGUUAUCAGUUAGACAAAAUCCUUUUAAGUUUGGUUACUAUUUAGAGGAUGUACUUCAUCUAUCAAAUUUAGAAACUGCAGACAUUUCAGACCUUUACCGUCAUAAAACAAACUUUUAUCCCGAAAAAUGUUUUUUUGAUUCAAUAUGCACAUGCAAGGAAGACUAUGUCAAUGAACCUAGUUAUAUGGACCAAAGUCGAAUCUUAUCACGGUAUGUCAAAGACAAGAUUACAACAGGGGAUAUUCCAGAUAUAUUUAGUCUAAUUGAAAUACCGAUUCCAACAAAUUUGAAACAUAUAAAUUACAGCUCUGGCAGUCUUGUAAUGGAUAUACCUAAGUUAAUGUUUUCAAGAAAUAAAUUAGAAUCCGUUGAUAUAAGUAAUAACAUACUACAUUCAUUAAUUGGUCCUAUCUUCAAUUUGACGAGUCUAAAAACAUUAAACGUGGCUAACAACUUCUGCAGCAAUAUUUCAAAUUUCUUCUUUAGCACUGAUUUUAAAAAAUUAGAACGUUUAAACUUUCAAAAUAAUUUACUUGGUUAUGUUCUUCCUGAUGAUAACGAGGGUAAAAUAUUUAAUAAUUUGAAAUCGGUUACUGAUCUCGUGCUAUCUAAAAAUAGAAUUCCAAAUCUACCGGAGAACAUAUUCAAAUCCCAAAGAAAUCUGCAAAAACUUGAUUUAAGUGACAAUAUUCUUACAGAUAUAACUUUUCGUGUAUCAAACAUGACACAUUUAAAGGAAUUAGAUUUGAGCGGAAACAGAAUAACAAUUAUCAGUGACCCUUUUACAUUACAACUGGAUUCUUUAGCCAGAAAACAAAACUUUUCUGUCGAUUUAAAUGACAACUUGUUAGAGUGUAAUUGUAUAUCGAUUAAGUUCAUUAAAUGGAUGACAACCACAAAUGUCCGUUUCAAGAAUAUAAAAAAGUAUAAGUGCAUGUUAUGGAAUCGAACAAUCGUUGCACUUCAUAAUCCAAUGGAAACUUACAAUGUAUUAAAGAAACAUUGCGCAUCAUAUGAAAAUUUAGAAUUAGCCUUAGGUUUUGGAAUUUUACUAUUCCUUAUAAUUAUUGUGGGAGCAGUCGUUUACAGAUUCCGGUGGAAACUUCGUUACUUAUAUUAUAUUGUAAAAGUAAAGUAUAGCAGCUUACAUUCGGAAACUGAGGAAGAAUAUUCUUACAUGUAUGGAGCAUUCGUAUCUUAUGCUGAUGAAGAUCGAAUAUUUGUUCACAAUACUCUUCUGCAAAAAUUGGAAGUUGAAAACGGAAUUCAAUUAUGCUUACACAAGAGAAAUUUCCUGCCCGGAAAUGACAUUGCUACAAAUAUCGCAUCUGCAAUUCAUAACAGUUGCAAAACUUUAGUGAUAAUGUCUCAUAACUUUUUAAAAUCAUACUGGUGCAUGUUCGAAUAUAAUAUGGCUCGAAUGGAAAACGUAUACGAACGACGAGACGAAAAUGUUGUUUUCUUAAUGUUUUAUGAACAAAUGUCUCCUCGGGACCUUCCAUUGAAUGUGCUUGAGAUGAUUCAAUCUAAGUCUUAUAUAGAAUAUCCAAAUGAUGAAUAUGGAGAUACCGUUUUCUGGGACCAGCUAGUGAAUGCCUUAAAAUAAAAUAUAGUAGACGGAAUAUAUUGAUUUAUUGAAAUCGUGUUAGCUUGUUCUAUAUUUAAAAGCCAACCUCUGUUAUGGCGUGAUCAACUGAUCUAUGGAAAAGAUAGAGCCACAGUUAAGAGAAUAAGCCUAGAUGUACAAAUGCAUGUCUUACAAUUUGAACAAUUCUGAGCUGUUUACUACCUGUAAUUAAAUGCACUUUGAAUAAUUGUUGAGCUGUAUACUACCUGUAGUUAUAUGCACUAUAUGUGUCUUCUAUAUAUUUUAAAUCGUGUUAAUAAUUAUUAUCUCACCAAAAAUGAAACAGGCAAUUAAUGUCAAAU